UUACAGUUAGUAAGUUAAUCAUUGUAAUUCCUUAAAAUAUUACCCUAUUAUAAGUAAUCGGCAGUCAGUGUAUACAGUGUUUACCUAUGAACAAGAAAGGGACAUUACGAUCAAGACAGCCUGAGCUGUCAAACCGCCUCCGCUCGCCUUGCACUAGCUCACACGGAUCAACUUCCGCCUCCGCGAGAAAAGAGACAGCAGCUCGGGUGAGCGGUCGAUGUGUUCGGUGGGAGCAAGUCGCUCCUCGGUGCUAAAAUCAACGUGUCAAAAGUGGUCUUAUCCACGCAGUGGUGGAAGCUGCAGCUCAAACACGAUUCGGAGAGGAACGAGCGAGUCCAAAUCGGCACAAGGCCAGAUUAAAUACAUCCGGAUAUCGCGCAUGAUCGCCCUCCACUCGUUUCACGAAAAGUUCGAAUUAGGUGCGGAGAGUACGAUUCGCCAGCAACGAACGACGAGCACACACGCGACGGCCAGUGAGUUGUCCGCCAAAGUGCAAACAGAGACCUUGAGCAUCCACCGGAACAUCUCGCUCCCUACUCAACGAACAUAGACGAAUUAUUACGCAGAUCACCAACCGCCCGGACAAGCGUAUACAGG